AGUAUCAUCCUUGACAGCCACGCGAGGCACGCGGGGAAGAGUAGUGAGAAGUUGGUGAGAAGCAAGUUCAAGUUUGAGUUGAGAAGCAAGUGAGAAGAGAGCGCCACGGGCCACGGAAUAUAGAGAACUCAAACUGAAACGGAGAGCGCGAGCGUGAGAGGGAAUGAGUGAUCAGUCACUGAUGUGAGACGCUUGAACGAGAGGGGCGUGAGCCGUGAUGCGAGGAAGUGUUAUUAGUACCUAUAACGGUAUAACUGUGUUUGAUUACUUUUUCGCGGCACUUGUUUUCGAGCUUAUCGUGCACUUUGGACUCUGGAUUCUGGAAGUGCGGUGGCUCGGAGAAUGCUCCGCUUUGUGCAGAGCAGCAUCCGGCUUACACCGUUCGGCGUCGCGCUCCAACAGAGGCAGGCUUGCUCGACCAUGGACUUCAAGUACAAGCGCGCUAUCGAAGCGCUGAACUCGCUGCAGAGCAGCCAGGCGUCGCUCGAGCAGCGGCGAGCCGAACGUCACGCGCGCCCCGAGAGGGGUCUUCUGCAGACGACCGCCUGCCUGCGCCACCUGGGACUCACACAGCAGCACCUGCGCCGGCUGCGCGUCAUCCAUGUCGCAGGCACCAAGGGCAAGGGCUCGACGUGUGCGCUGACGGAGAGUCUGCUGCGCCACCACGGCUACCGGACGGGCUUUUUCAGCUCGCCGCACCUGGUGGCCGCCAGGGAGCGGAUCAGGGUGGGCGGCCAGUCCAUCUCCGAGCACGAGUUCGCCUCAUACUUCUGGGAGGUGUUCGACCGGCUCGAACAGGCGCUGGAUGAUGGCGAACAGAUGCCGAUGUACUUCAUGUUCCUGACUCUGAUGUCCCUGUACGUGUUUGUGCGGGAACAAGUGGACGUGGCGGUGAUUGAAGUGGGCAUCGGCGGAGCCUACGACUGCACGAACGUCAUACGGUAUCCGUCCGUAUGCGGUAUCACCUUCCUCGACUACGACCACGUCGACAUCCUGGGGUCGCGCAUCGAGCAGAUCGCUGAGCAGAAGGCCGGCAUCGUCAAACCGGGGGUGCCGGUAUUUGUAGGACGACAGCGACACGCGGCCACGCUGCCCGUGGUGGCUGACAGGGCCAGCCGGUGUGGGAGUCCGAUUCUGUCUGUGCCGGAGCUGACCGAGUACCGGGCAGAGGACGGUCGCCGGCCCGGUCUGGCCAUGGCCGGGCCCCACCAGCGUCAGAACGCGGCGCUGGCCCUCCAGCUGGCCAGAUACUGGCGCGCCACCGCAGGUGGCGAUCUCAGUGACCCCUGCCCGGCGCUGGAGGCCAUUGCCAGAGGGGUGUGCCGGCCGACCGGGGACACCGACACCCUCCCGCGCGCCCCGCCGUUCCCGCUCACACCUCUGGAGACACAGGCGCUGGCCGAGUGUCGCUGGCCAGGCCGAUGUCAGAAGGUGUCCCGCGGACCGGUCACCUACUACCUGGACGGAGCUCACACGCGCGGCUCCGUGGAGCUAGCCGUUCACUGGUUCCAGUCAGAGGCGGCUCGUGAUGCCGCUCUCACCGGUCGUGUGCCGCGCCGGAUACUGCUGUUCUACUCGACUGGCAGUCGCGAGCCGAGCUCUCUUCUGGAGCCGCUGACCUCCCUGCGCUGGGACCACGUCAUCUUCUGCCCCAGCGUCGUCUGGCCCGUUGUGGACACAUCGUCAGACCAGGCCAACUGCACGGUGACGCCCCAGUCUCGGCAGUGCCGGGUGGGCGCCCACUGCACCGCCUGGCGCGAGCUGACCUCGUCUGAUCCCGCGGACACCGCCGCUGGCGCUGUGGGAGGCCAGCUCCACCGACUGGCCUGUAUUAGCCAGGCUGUGGAGCUCAUCGAACAGUGCGGCGAUACUCCCGCACAGGUUCUGACUGUAGGCUCGCUGCACCUAGUCGGCGGCCUCCUCUCCAUCAUAGACCCGGAGCUGCGGUCAGCCAUGCCCGCGCCCGUCACCGCCGGGGCACGACCGCGCCGACGACUGGCGAGCGGAACCGCGCCGGCCGGUGGACUACUCGUGUAGAGGUCAGCUCACGGGGCGGACUGCUGAUCUAGGGCGUAGGCUGUAGAUCCAUCGCCAGCCAGCUCUUCUAGAGCGUAGAUCUGUCGCCGCCUUCCAGCUGCUCAUCUACGGUAAAGUGUGAAUCUACCGUCAGCCUGCUUGCGUAGAGCGUAGAGCCGCCGUAAGCUCUCUUAGGUAGAUGCUAGCCCCACGUCCGCUGCGCCCUCUGUCCUUUGCUAUUGCACUGUGAGGACACGGUAGCCGCGGCAGUGCCCGUGAGCGGUGCUCCGCCGUGGAACUGGCUGUCACAGCCUACUCCGGAGCCGAGAGGGCCCGCGAACCCGACGGCAGUGACCGAGGUAGGUUGAAGACCGAGGGGGAUAGAAGGGGGCAGGGGAAGGGUAUUGUUGUGAUCCUUCACUCUUGGCCAGAACAACCAUAUGAAUCCUAAAAUGGGCUAAGAUGUCGCUCAGAGGAGCAUCGUUGAAAACGGGAAGUCGUCAUUCGAUGAACAUGCCGGUGUACGAGUGUACGAGAAUAUCGGAAGUUGUGAAUAAUCUCAGUAAGCUAACUUUCGAGUCUCAUGGUUUGCUGUUGUAGUUUUCCACUUUGUUUUGUUUCAUCAGUAUGUAAAACGAGUCAUGAGUUUUCUUUUUGAGCUAGUACUCGUAUGUGCAAUUAAGAACAUUUGCACCGUAUGAACUCCUGAAAAUGACCAGUGUCAUUUUCGAUAUUUCCAUGACACGAGUUUUGUUUCUAUUUGUUUUGCUUAUUUUUUCGGGGCGGGGAGGGGGAGGAGGGAGACUAAAAUAAUACCUGAGUGCGUUACCUUAGCUCCACUUCUUAGUCAGCAGAAGUGAGUCUUGUUUUCUUACAAUACUAUAGCAAUGGCAGGGCCAACAUAUGCGAUACAAAUAACAAGGACGUUAAAUAAUGGGAUUGACAUGGUUUCGUACUUUUUUGUCAGUGGCCUGCCCUCCUCAUCACUGUUAUCCUUUUCCUGUUCAGUGAUAGGCAGCACCGUAUUAAAAACACCUUGAAACACUUAAAACAACGUUGUCUUUAUUUUUGUGUCGUCUUUGUAGGUAGCAAAGCCCACCAGAGGUGUUCGAUGUUAACUGAGCAGUGUUUAUACUCAUCAUAGGUGGCUAUUUUCCAUUAAUUACUGAACAGCAGAUAGCAUUCAUCCGGUGGGUCAUCAUUUAGCAUUAUUCUGUGUUUCGAGGGCUGAGGAAUGUUGGUUUCGGCGUCACAUAUGUAGAUUGUAUGAAGUCUUGGGUGAUAGGAUGUUGAAGGGAUGCUAUUGCCACCAGUACUACGUCAGUUCUAGAUGAAACCUUGGGCUUAGAUGAGUGGCUGUGUAAACGCGAACAUCAACGUGUUAUGGGCGUAGUAUUUUUGCAAUUGGCUGGGGCUGUGUUUAUGCAACGGUUUAGUGAACACAACGCGUGUUUUUGCGUGUAAAAUGUGUUGUAAAGCAUGAAUGAUGUCUCUCACAGGGGAUUGGUAGCUACGAGUGACAUUUUGUUUCUGGGACAUCAUUGUUGCGAUGUUAUUAUGCCAUGUUCACAUGUGUUGGUAAAUGAUUACCUGCCGGUGUGGUAAAAAGAUAACGAAAUUAUAAACAUACUAUGGGCAUUUCCAUGUUCCAUUUAGUACAGUAGAUAGCGAACGUCUUGGGCUAUUAUGACGUACCUUGUAGUUCAAGUGUUAGUGCCAGCCUCACCGAUAGAUCUCGUGUGGUUGAAGGAAGUCGCCCGCCCGCCCGACGGCUGAGCCGUAUUAUCUCUCUCACACCGACCGCCGCCGUGUCUCGCACAUAUCUGUCAACGAACCUCAGUAUCCAAGACCAUGACCAUAGCAAUCUCGUUAAUCGCGUCCGAGUUCAGUAUGUACGAUCACUGAACUCGCACAUAUGAGUCGUGGUGCUCAUUGUGAUGAUGUGUAAUGCCAUCAAUGUACAAUCUGAUGUGCCUUGCCGAAUACAAUAACGUAGACUGUGA